CGAGCCCAUUGCUCCCUCCGUCUUGCAACUGCCAUUCCCCCUGUCUACUACUCCUAAAGAUGGCGCCCCUACACCUCGCCGCUCGGCGGCUACCGACUGCUAGGAGGUUAAUUUCUAGUAUCAAGCCUCCAGCGCAGCAGCGAUUCGUCUCAGCGUCCACUGAGAAUGUCAAGACUAAGGUAUCAGUACCGAAUCCUGAUCCUACAGCAGACUCCGCGUCUGUCGCCUUCAUCAAAGACCAAGCCCCAUACAUGGUUCCCACCUACGUUCGACCGGCGCCGGUAAUAGUCAAGGGCCAGGGCUGCUACCUGUGGGAUAUGGAGAAUCGGAAGUAUCUGGACCUUACAGCAGGCAUUGCAGUCAACUCCCUCGGUCACUGCGAUCCUGAGGUUGCGCAGAUUAUCUCGGAGCAGGCCGAAGUACUUAUCCAUGCCUCAAACCUCUACUACAACGCCUGGACCGGCGCCCUCAGUAAAUUGCUGAUUGAUGUCACUCGCAAGUCUGGUGCCAUGCGCGACGCGUCCCAGGUAUUCAUUUCAAACUCUGGCACCGAGGCCAAUGAAGCUGCAAUCAAGUUUGCCCGCAAGGUUGGCCGUUCGCGCGACCCCUCGGGCGACAAGCAUGAAGUUGUCUCCUUUUACAACUCAUUUCACGGCCGUACAAUGGGUGCCCUCUCUGCUACUCCCAACCCCAAAUAUCAGACCCCUUUCUCUCCCAUGCUGCCCGGCUUCAAGUAUGGCACAUAUAAUGAUGUGGCCCAGCUCCAGACUCUUGUCACUGAGAAGACCUGCGGUGUGAUUGUUGAACCUAUCCAGGGAGAGGGUGGUAUUAACAUCGCUACUCCGGAGUUCCUGACUGCUUUGCGCAAGCGCUGCGAUGAGGUUGGAGCUGUUUUGAUCUUUGAUGAAAUCCAGUGCGGUCUUUCUCGGACGGGUAGCUUCUGGGCCCACGCCCACCCUUCUCUAGCACCUGCCUCUGGCGAGGCUGCCCACCCGGAUAUCCUGACCUCUGCCAAGGCCCUGGGUAAUGGUGUUCCCAUUGGAGCUACCAUCAUCGCGGAGAAGGCCGUGGCCGGUCACAUCCAGCCCGGUGACCACGGAACCACGUAUGGCGGUAACCCGUUGGUGUGCCGUGUCGCUCAUCAUAUUGUCAAUCGCCUCGCCUCGCCAGAGCUGCAAAGCUCUGUUGAAACCAAGGGUGCUACCCUUGUGUCUGGCUUCAAAGCCCUGCAGAAGAAGUACCCCCAGGUCAUCUCCGAGAUCCGUGGCCGUGGGUUGAUCCAGGGUGUCCAGCUCACCCCAGCGUUCAUUGCGAAGGCCUCAGACCUGGUCACUGCUGCCCGGGAACAUGGAAUGCUGAUUAUUACUGCGGGCGAGGGCUGUAUUCGCUUUGUUCCUCCCUUGACCAUCACGGAAGAACAGCUCAAGACCGGCCUGAGGAUUCUGGAGCAGGCUCUGGAGAAGGUGGUUUCCCAGGCUUGA